AUGUCCGAUCUCAUUCGAGACGCUCCAAUUGGGCAACUUGUUCGAUAUGUGACAGGAAACAGAGUACUCCGGUACCCUGAAGAGAAACCCGACUUUGUCUGUCCGAGCUACUAUUCACACUCCGGCUUCGAGAAGGAGACCAGUCAGUUGUUCAAGGCUGUACCAUCACUCUCAUCUAGCAACAACUCUCUCAACGGCGAUGUUGAGAAGGAGCACCUCGAGCCUGACAGCGACCUCCAACUCACAAGGACAAAGACCGAUCGCAGCUGCCAUAAUUUGAGCAAGACCAACACUACCAGAUCGGCUUUGUCGCAUGUCGGUUCCCGAAUUGUUCUUGAACAAUCAAAGACCAGAGCAGAUCUCGAGCAGGCUUUCGCCCUCGCUUCGGAGCCAAGCCCCUGGCCUGAGCCAGUUGUCCCUGUUCGCACUGCAGACGGAGUCAUUCUUGUGGACUGGUACACUACAGACGACAAGGCAAAUCCUCAAAACUGGUCCAAAACGAAGAAAGGCAUGGUCACAGCCCUCAUCUGUAUCUAUACCACCGCAGUCUACACGGGUUCUGCCAUCUACACACCUUCUGCCGAAGGCGUCAUGGAAAGAUUCGGUGUCUCAGCAACAGCAGCUGCUCUCGGUAUCGCUCUCUUUGUUUUCGCCUAUGGUCUUGGACCCCUGAUCUUCUCACCUUUGUCGGAGAUACCCAAGAUCGGCAGGAACCCUCCUUAUAUCAUCACCUUCGCCAUAUUCACCAUUUUGUGCGUACCGACGGCUUUGGUGGAUAAAUUUGCAGGCUUGCUAGUGCUACGGUUUCUGCAAGGCUUCUUUGGGUCUCCGAUCCUUGCCACAGGCGGUGCCAGUCUGCAGGACAUGUUCUCGUUGAUCAAGUUACCUUAUAUCCUCUGUUGCUGGGCAGCAGCAGCCUGUAUCGGUCCUGCUCUAGGACCCAUCAUCUCUGGUUUCAGUGUCGCGGCAAUGAACUGGAGAUGGUCUCUGUGGGAGAUGCUCUGGCUCGCUGCACCUGUUUGGAUCACGCUCUUCUUGUGCCUUCCCGAGACCUACCCAGAGACCAUUCUGUUGCGUCGUGCUCAGCGACUCCGAACACUUACCGGAAACCAAAACCUGAAAGCCCAGUCCGAGAUCAACCAAGCUCAACGUAGCUUCAACGAUUUGGUGGUUGAAGCUUUGUGGCGCCCUAUUCAGCUGAUUGCACUUGAUCCAGCUAUCGCUUACGCUGACCUCUACAUCGCACUCUGCUAUGCAAUUUUCUACUCUUUCUUUGAAGUCUUCCCCCUUGUCUACAUCGAGCGCUACGGUUUCAACGUUGGCGAGAUGGGACUUGUCUUUCUCUCUAUCGCAGUGGGCGUCGUCAUUUCCAUCGCGGGAUAUUACGCUUACCUCUACUACAUUGUCGAGCCCGAGAUCCGAGCACACGGCAUGGGAACCCCCGAACGUCGCCUUAUCCCGGCUCUAUUCUCCAGCUUCCUCGUCCCUAUCGGUUUGUUCAUCUUUGCCUGGACUGGAGACGGACACAUCCAUUGGAUUGUCAGUUGCAUUGGCAUCGUCAUCAAUAUGAUUGGUGUGUUUAUUCUUUUCCAGUGUGUGUUUGUUUACUUGCCUAUGGUGUAUCCUGCAUAUGCUGGAAGUUUGUUUGCUGGAAACGACACUGCGAGAUCUACUUUGGCGGCUGCCGCUAUCCUGUUCUCUCGACCGAUGUUUUUGAAAUUGGGAGUUGGAGGCGGUGUGAGCUUGCUUGCUGGACUCACUACCUUGUGUAUUGGAGGCAUCUUCAUCUUGUUUUUUUAUGGAGAGAAGUUGAGAGCAAAGAGUCGGUUUGCUGCUAAGUGA